AUGCUUGCACUAAACAGAGAGAAGAUUACUAGUACCAUACCAAAACCCCAAAAGAUCAGAAUGACAGGCUCUGGUUCUCCUUGUGGUGCCUGCAAGUUCUUGAGAAGAAAAUGUGUAAGGGGUUGUGUUUUUGCCCCUUACUUCUGUCAUGAACAAGGUGCAAGCCAUUUUGCAGCAAUCCAUAAAGUCUUCGGUGCCAGCAAUGUGUCGAAGCUCCUAGCUCACCUCCCGGUGAGUGACCGCUGUGAAGCUGCUGUCACGAUUUCGUAUGAAGCUCAAGCUAGGCUUCAAGAUCCCAUUUAUGGAUGUGUUUCACAUAUCUUCUCUCUCCAACAGCAGGUUGUUAAUCUACAAGCACAACUAGCUUCUCUAAAGGAACAAGCAGCUCAAAGCCUUCUCAGUGGCUCCAACAGUACAAACUUUAAUGAUAGAUUCACUGGAAAAUGCCCUUCUUACCCACUGGAUGUUCAAAGUUGGUUCCAGUCAGAAUUUUUUAGCAUGAUGCCCCAAUUUGAUCCCAACUUAACCGGUGCAAGCUAUGGACUUUCUGAGACGACCCGAAUGAUCUUCAAUCGGUGGCCUUCGGAUAUAUUCAGCGUUCAUAAUGCAAUGGCACCUCAGCAAAGUAUAUCAUGGGGGAAGAUUACUCUGCCAAUUCUGUAUUGCUACCUCAACCUUUGA